AUGGAAUCGAAUGGCCGGAUGGCGCCUGUGACUCCGAGCAACAUUCAGUCGGCUGAUUCAUUCGAGAUCAAACGGAAAAGCGACAUCAAACAGGAGCCAGUGUCUGUUGGUGAAUUGGUUGACGUUUCGGUUUCGACUCAUCGCAAUGCGGUACGUAUUCCUGGUUUCAACGAACGUGACGCUGAAUACGAUUUCGAUGACUUGAGCUGGGACGAGGCUAAGGCCGAGGUGAAGAACGAAUGUGACAAAAAGAAAGAAGAGAAGGCGAAGACAAGUGCUGACAACGGAAAGCAAGCGAUGGGUGACCAACAAGAUCAACAGCCGCCUUCACAGAAUAGGAAAGAUUUGCGCCCGCCAGAAAAUGGCAAUGAGGCACACAACAGACAGCAACGAGGCGGUAAUGCUUAUGGAAACACAUCAAAGCCACACAAGUGUGAGUUUUGUGAAUAUUCCGCUCAAUAUAAGUGGUGUUUGAAUCGUCACAUGUUGAAACACACUGGCGAGAAGCCACACGGAUGCACCCUUUGCCCGAAACGUUUCGAAGAAAAACGAAAUCUCCUUGGUCACAUGAAAGCUCACGUCCAAGAGUUUCUGUUCCAUUGCUUGGGCUGCUUGCAAGGAUUCGAUGGAAAGGAAGAGAAGACGGAACACGAAUCGAACUGCAAAAUUCGUCGCUUCGAAUGUCAUUUGUGCAAGGAAUCAUUUGGAUCGCAGAAAGCACACCUGGUGAUCCACAUGCGUGUACACAGUGGUGACAAACCGUUCGAAUGUGAAGAAUGCUUCAAGCAAUUUACACUCAACAGCUCAUUAAACAAACACAUGAAGCUUCAUGCCGGUCCACGUCCAUUCCGCUGUUCAAAAUGUCACGAAAGAUUCUCAGAUCAAGACGAAAGAGUUUCACAUGAGGAGAAGUGUAAUCGUCGUGUUUACGAAUGUUAU